CUAGCUCAUUUAACUGCUGUGCCACCUGAGUGGCCGCUAAGGGGAGAAGAAGGGGGGGGUUGUUUUUUAACAGCUUCACAUCAUAGGCGGCUACAUGUUUGCAUAAAUGUGUAAUGAGCGAGAGUAACAGGUUUGACUUUAGGGUGUGUACGCUUUGGAGGGUAAGCAUAGUGGAUGUCAAACCAAAGUGUAGGCUUAGUAUUAGAAUGAUGACAGUCUGAAGAACAGCAAGAUGAGGCUGCAAAGUAAGAAAUUAUGUUGUUUACAUUUAUGUGUGUGUGUGAGUGCGUAACUAUAUAUAUAUAUAUAUAUAUGUGUGUGUGUGUAUUUAUGUACAAGUGCUUGUGUAUUUGACAUUUCUGUUGUAUUUUUUAGAGACGGUCUUCACUGUUGCAUCAGCAUUCAGCAUUGUCUUAAUAUGGCAGUUCUUUGUCAACCAGACAUUUCCUCAGGAGGAAAUGAAAUGUGUACAAGACAUUGACGUUCCUGCUCCAGACUGUUCUUCUCCAGCUUUGUUUGAGUUUCGUUCAGGUUGCUGUCCUCGGCAAGAGUGCCCAGCAAACCACUUCCCAGUUUUUGUACGCAGUGGAGCAGCCAAUAUGGUGGGGCCAAAGAUCUGCUUUAACAACCAGAUUGCUAUGUCAGUAGGAAAGGAUAAUGUUGGAAUAGGUCUGAACAUUGUAUUGGUAAAUGGUGAAACUGGUGAAAUAUCGAAGAGUAAAAACUUUAACAACAAUACUGCAGAAUUACUUGACUUUUUAAAGACAGUAGUAAAAGGAGAUUUGGUUUUACUGGCCUCAUAUGAAGAUCCGGCAGCAGAGUUGACUGAUGAGAUCAGAGAGAUCUUUGCAGAGUUGGGGAGUUCUGUGAUCCACUCGGUAAAGUACAGGGAUAGCUGGGUGUUUGCAGGAGCAACUGGACUGGAAAAGGAAUGUCUGUUUGAGAAGCUCAUUGUGAACGAUCAGGAGAAAAAUGUGUAUGGAGACUGGCCAGAGAUGGUGGAGCUGAGUGGCUGCAUUCCCAGAAAGAUCUGAUCGUGAGCCUGCUGUACCAGCCAACCGGAGAUCAUUAAAGCACAUCUCCUUGUAAAUGUGGAACUGUAAUCAUCUGACAUUUUGAACUGUUGCAGAAUGUUCACAUAUGGACGUCUGAAUGUGUUAGUCAGACAUUGCCUGUAAUUUGCCCAUCUUCUGCAAACAGCUUGCAAAGAACUGUUACAACUUGAAUAUGUCACAUUUGAGUUCACGUCUGCAUAUCUCAACUUGUAGCAAGUUUCACAGUACUUCUGGGGCAAAGUUAUAAAAUCCAAUAACCAGUUUGGGCUGCUUUGCUACCUCUUGGAAGAGUGAACAAUGAAUUCAAAUCUGUAUUGAGCAAUUUACAGAGUCUAAAUUCAGUGCUUAACUCAGUUGUUUGUUAUGUUGUGGCAGAACCUAAAGAGGGCUUAUCAUUCUAAGAUGGUCUAUGAUCCAAAUCUGAAACAGUUACACCAAAUAUAAAAUACAAAUGUGUAUAUACCUUUUACAGAACUGACUGUGAAUUGUUAAUC